UUCUGCUACAUCCUCUCUGUCAGUGAAACGCGGAAGUGUCAGAAGUCAAAUUAGCACGGAGCAAAUCUCACACGGACCCGAGGAGAGUUUCUAAGGUUAACGGAAGUGUCAGGUCAAAAAACAACCAUGUGGCCAAAUCAAGGACCUGCCCCUCCAGUGUACUCAUCAAAUCCUGCCUUCCCUCCUGGCUACAACCCAUCGUAUACUGCUGGACCUCGUCCAGGGGUCUUCCCUCAGCCUCCAAACCCAGCGUACCCACCAUACCAAUACCCAGCUGGUAUGAGCCCAGCUGUAGCACCACAUGCACCUCCAGGACCUCAUCCGUAUGGACAUCCAGGACCUCAUCCGUAUGGACAUCCAGGACCCCAACCUUAUGGACAUCCGGCACCUCAUCCUUAUGGACAUCUGGGACCUCAUCCUUAUGGAGCUCCAGGACCCAAUCCUUUUGGAGCUCCAGGACCUCAUCCCUAUCCUAUGGCUCCAGGUGGAUAUCCUGCGGUCCCUCCUGCAGGUGUUUAUCCAGGUCCAUACCAACAAUCUCCACAAUGGGGUCCCAACAAAGGCCACCACGGAGGCCACCAGCAUGGCUAUCAUCAUGGAGGUAGGAAUCACUUGACUGGAGCCUUAGGUGGAGUAUUAACAUCCAUGUUAGUGGGGGGAGUUGGACUAAAAGCCAACAAAAAGAUGAGGAAGAAGAUGAAGAAAGCAAAUAAGCGGCACAAGCAUGGAUACUAUGGCAAGUCUUCCAGUAGCAGCAGCAGUGACUAAGACCGAGGUCAACCCUUCAAGACACGGCCUCCACAGAAACUCUCAUAGUCUUACAAUUUAUCAUAAAUUAACCUUUUUAUAUUCUGAUUUCUGGGGAAGACUUUUUGUAAAAUCUAGUAUGGGCUAUUUAUAACACUAGAAAUGUACUUUAUAUUUUUUGUUGUGUUUACGUCAAACAUUCUGUAGUUACAUAAACUACUGUGCAAACAUACUGCAAUAUUCUGAAGAGGGAUUGUAGCUAGGGACACAAAUCUUUUAUUAUCAACAAUCUGGGAUUUUGUAACAGAAAAUCUUACAUUUUCUCAGGAAAAUCAACAAAUAUUUCGAGAUGAUAAAGGUUUUUGCCUCAUUCCGAGUUUCACUGAGGACUUUUUGAUAGAAAAGUGACACACGGAGCUAAAACUGUUAAUGUUCACUGUUUACAUCUGUUACAUUAGUUGGUUUGGUUACGUAGCUGAAACUUUAGAGUUAUUCUUGGCUGCAACUUAGUUUUUUUGUUAGGAUGAAACAAUAAAAGCAUUAGACAACGAUGUUUACACCAGGCCAUUACUUGGAGCCUUUUCAGUAAGAAAAGCUCAAGUUUAAAUGAUAUAAGUAAUGAGGUUAAAUUCCAUCGUACUACUUUUGAUUUCAGGUUCCUCGUAUUUGUCUUGCUGGCUCACGUCACAGCCUCGUGACUAACUGGGACACAUCAAAAUUGUUAAAGCAACAUUAAACAACCACCUUUACACUCUUCAUAGUAACAGCUGUGUCUGUCCUGCUGUAACCAGACAUGGUGUCUGCUGUUUAACGACAUUUACCUGAGCCCUGGAACUGACACGAAUACUGUCGUCAUUAUUACGGAUUGAUGUGAUGGUUUUCCUUGUCAUGACUUGUAUUUAUAUUUAAAUGUUGCACAAUGAUUGCUUGGGUUGCAUAGCUGAACCUAAAUAAACCUGAGA